GUACUCAAAAUUUUAAUUCACUGCGCAUGUAAAAAUAAUCACUUCCGGUUGUUGUGGCCGGUAGGUACGUUACAGUAGUGUAGCAGGAACACGUCGACACGCUUUUUCAGUGGGUUCUUGAUCAUUCCGAAAGAUCAUCCAGCAAAAAUCAAGAUUUUUAAUUCAAUCUUCCGCCAUUGUGCCCCAAAGUUCCGUCACUACAUCUGGAAAAAAAUCCUUGACAGGAGGCUUGCAAAUCAUGACUGAUGCAGCUAAAUACAACGUGGUUUUUGUCCUUGGGGGACCUGGGGCAGGAAAGGGCACACAGUGUGACAAGAUAGUGAAGGAAUUUGGAUUUGUCCAUCUAUCAGCUGGUGACCUUCUGCGGGCAGCGAGAAAUGAUCCUAAUUCUGAGUUUAGGGAAGACAUUGCAAAUCACAUCAAAGAUGGAUCUAUUGUACCAGUGGCUAUUACAUGUUCCUUACUAAAAAGGGAAAUGGAAAAGGCAAAGGAAAAUAAUCAGGAUUAUUUUCUGAUAGAUGGUUUUCCAAGGAACGAAGACAAUCUAGAUGGAUGGAAUACACAAAUGUCUAGCCAAGUUAACCUGAAAACAGUUUUAUUCUUUGAUUGUCCAGAAGAAGUAUGUGUUGAUCGGUGUCUAGAACGAGGGAAGACAAGUGGGCGAACAGACGACAACACAGAAAGCCUUAAAAAAAGAAUACAGACAUAUACAGAGUGCACAAUGCGAGUAUUACACUAUUACUCUACCUUGGGCUUGGUUAGUAAAGUAUCAGCAGAAAGAUCCCCUAAAGAGGUUUUUGAAGAUGUGAAGGGCAUAAUAAUGAAGGUUAUGGAAUAGUUCUGAUGAAGAGAUAUGUUGUAGCUGUGCUUACAAAACUUUCAAUCCAUGGCAGUGAGGGAUUCUUUGUUGAUGGAAUGAUCAACAUUCCGUGGUUUAUAUAUAGUGUAAUUGCUAAUAUAGUGGUGUCAAACAUUUUACUAUUUUGUGGCAGUUCGUGUACAAUGAAAUAUGGUAGGUAGGAAAACUUAUCAUUACUUCUUGCUUUGUUUUUUAUUCGUCGCAAGGAUUUUUUCAUAAAAUGAUAAGACCCGAUAGUUCUCUGGUCCUUCAUCGUUCAUUGUCCAUUUUAUUCUACAGGGAUUCAUUGUAACUGUGUUUUAUUGUUAUGGCUUAUCAAAGUGCCUGUCGUAUUAUAGAGUGCAGGUAUUUUUGGUAUCACUUUCUGGGAAUGUAAGAAUGUCAAAAACAAAUCUGGUUCCUCCCCAUGCUAAUCUCUUUUGGUAAAAUACAUUUGUACAAUCAUUACACACCUCUCCCGUGUCAAUUUGAACCAAUAUCUAUGCCCCCAUACCUAUCUAAGUUUACACUCCAAAACAAUUGAUAUCUACUAUGUUUUUCAUAUAUCUCCAAAUGGUAUCAGUUUGUAGUACCAGAAAGGAAAUUUUAAAAAUAUGUCGCAAAUAACUAUACAGGUUUUUGGUUUUAUUCACACAAAAAUUAUUUAACAUUGAUUGGCUACUUUUUUAUUGGUGGAUAAUACUUGUAUUGUCUCAAACUUAGUGGAUGUUGAUAGCUAUUAUCAACUUUUUUUAUCACCUCAUUUUGGCCUAAACUACGGUGCUUCCUUAUGAGUAUAAACAGAUUCAGUAAGAUUUUGUGUGGAGUGAGUUGAGACACAAUGAUAUGAUUAUGAUCUUAAUAGAGUUUUCAUUUCAUAUGAAAUUUUAUGAAAUAAAUCUUAAAAGUUUUAAAAUCAAGCUGAGGCAGCCAUUUUGUUGCGCCAUUCCAAUUGAUACCGUAACGCUAUUGUCCUUAUUUUGACUUCAUAAUAAAUUUCUGCCUGGCGCCACCAAUGAAAACUACUCGAGGGUUAAUUAUACCCAGGAUGUUUGUUUUUAUGUUUUUAAGAAUUUCCAAUUUCAUAAUUAUGAUUAAGUGCUUUAUCGGAUGUUUUACUCGUUAGCUCCUUUUUUCGCGAUAUUUACCAAUUUCAUUUGAAGGGUAGACACUUGCUCUAUAAAUAAACUUGCUUUCUUGCCAUUUCAGUAAAGAUUAAAGUUAUUUUUAUGGUUUAUAUCUCAAUAAAAUAUUGAAAGAGACUUUAUUGCAAGAAACAAAGCAUAUUCAUGACAACUUUUUCACUCAGGAUAAGAUUGUGUAUGUUGUCACAUGGCAGAAGAACUUUUGACAAGGAUGGUAAUUUUAUUUAUUGAGUAAUCCUUUAUCGGUCCACAUCCAAUUGUAUCCUGAAAUCCUAUUCUGUAUUCUGGUAGUACGUUUACAAACUAUACACCUGCUCCAAUUAACACAUUUUUUCAGAUACUUUCUGUGGCUAGGUGUGCUCAACAUUCAAACCAUGUUCUAUGGUUGAUUACAGAUAUGCAUGUUCUCCGAUUUGAUAUUGAUAUUGGGUUAUUUUUUAGAUGUUAUUUCGGCAAACAUUUAAGGAGUUUAUCUGUAUGUUGACAGCUCAUCUCAUUUAUUCUAUUUUUGCCGAAAAUUUGAACAAAUAUUUGAUUUGAUGGCCCUAUCUAGGUCACUUCCAGUGUAAACGUGAAUACAUGUGUUUUUAUUAUCUGCAUCACUUGUGUGUAAUAUGCGACAUUCAAUCUAGCUCUCUCCAAAGUCCAGCGGUUAUAAACAUAAGUUGGAAUUCUUUCCUGGUGUAUGAAGCAUAUACUGAAGGGAGGACAUAGUGUUGGCUAUAUCUGUCUAUAAUUUGGACAGCUGUGUACAUGUAUCUAAAUUUACCAGGCACCUUUUGACUUGCAUCAUACAACUGUUCAGAAGUUCCUGGUAUAAUGUCAUGACACUGCAAUAGAAAUAGUUAUCAUCUACACUGUAUAAUCUAUAUUAUCCAAUGGAAUUCAGGGCCCUGAACAUUAAUUUAUACUAUGAAUGUCAUUACAUGUAAUCAUCAAGACAUUUGUUUUGAAUGCACUCGGGUAAGAUUUUUGUGAAGCUUCAAAGAAGCAUCCAGCAAGAAAUAUGAUGGAGAAAUGCCCAGUCCAUAUUGUCUAGUUUUUGUAUAGAACCACAAACCCAAGGUGUGUAACAAAAUAAUUAUGUAUAUCACAUUCUCGAUCUCCAUCACCUGUCAACCUAAUGCGAUACCAUCUGUAAUGACAUGAAACAAAGGGAAGUAACUGAUCAGAAUGAUAUAUCAUUGAUAAGCUCUCUCUUUUUUUUGUUCAGAUUAAAGUAAUAAGUAAUUUGAUAUUGAUUAUUUAUGCUGCAUCAUGUUAAAGUAUAUUGAUUUAUGGUUACAAUUUUUAUUAAUGCAUACAAUUAAAUAAAGUGCAAAUGUGGAACUUUCUAA